AUGGUGCCUUCUAUAGCUGCCAUGUUCUUUGAGUUUGAGACAUCUUCUUUUUCAUCUAGACUUGUAUACGCUUAUGAUGUCUUUUUGAGAAUAGGGAUUCAUACAUUUCGUGAUGAUACUUCUACCAUGACAGAGCUAGGAUCUUCUCGAUCUAGAACAAAAGGGGCCUAUGAUGUCUUCUUGAGUUUUAGAGGAAAAGAUACUCGUAAGAAUUUUACAGAUCAUCUAUAUACUGCCUUAGACAAAGCAGGAAUCCACACUUUUCGAGAUGAAAACGAACUUCUUCGAGGAGAAGAAAUCUCCAAGCAUCUCCUCAAGGCAAUCAAUGAAUCAAAGAUAUCGAUAGUUGUCUUCUCAAAAGGCUAUGCUUCUUCUAGAUGGUGUCUUAACGAACUUGUAGAGAUUCUUGAGUGUAAAAAUAAGAAUACUGAUCAUAUUGUUCUUCCAAUAUUUUAUGACAUUGAUCCUUCAGAUGUUCGAAACCAAAUGGGCAGUUUUGCAAAAGCGUUUGAUAAACAUGGAGAACAAUUUAAAGAGAAGGCUAAGGAGUGGAGAAAAGCUCUUGAGGAGGUCGGAAAUCUAUCUGGAUGGAAUCUCAAUGAUAUGGCAAAUGGGUAUGCUUUUUUCUUUUUAUAG